UGAGAGGACCGCUGCCGUCAUGACAACAAGCCGAUUACUCUGAGUCCGUUCUAUGUAGCUUAUUUAUUUGAGUCCCUGUCGGCUACUACUCGCGCACUGUAAGACACUUUCAGAGACCCGGCGUUUGCCUCGUGCAAGGGUUAUUUUUCGUGCGAUUCAUUUCAACUAUUGCCCUUUUUUGAUUGUCAUUUAGUUUUAUUUACCAGAAUGGUGUACUUAUUCUAAGUCGUAAUGUAUGGAUGCGUGGAAAGCUUCAGAAUUUCAUUUGAGGACGAGGACAUUUUGGACAUCGUUUGAAUUAAGAUUAUCGAGAGGAAACAACUUCGUUAAUCACUAAAAAUAUUUUUUCCAAUGCCCCUGAAUCUUAAUCCCUUGUUUUCCAUAGACUUAUCGGCAGGUGCUGUUGUUGAAAGGUAACCGUGACCAUGUCUAGUCCCGUCAGAAGUGUUGGUGGACAGAGAAGUAUUGAGGAAAGCCCUGCCCACAAUGUGGAGUCCAAACGUCUGGGCAGAAGCAGCUUCCUCUUCUCCGGCUGGCGGAGGAGCUCCCAGUCAUCCCCAAGGGGUGACACAAGGAGCGAUAUCAACAAGAAACUCUCCUCCCUGGUAACCUCCCAUAACGAUGAAUACACAGCCGAUCCCAAUGGCCAGAUGGUGUCUGAAGAAUCUACCAUCUCCAAAGAUGCAGAACAUGUUGACACUGAGCCACAGGAGACUGAGGAAGAAUAUGAUAGCAACAAGUCGUUCUUUUUCCAGAGAAAGUUUGUUUCUAUGCUUCAGCCGGGGGUCAACAAGUUUUCUCUGCGCAUGUUUGGCAGUCAUAAGGGGGUGGCCGCUGAGCAAGCCAGGGUCAACUCCUUUGGAGUGUGGAUCAUCCACCCCUACAGUGACUUCAGGUUCUACUGGGACAUAGUGAUGCUUCUCCUGAUGAUGAGCAACCUGAUCAUCCUUCCCUGGGGCAUAGCCUACUUUGAGAACCAGAACACUCUACCCUGGAUCAGCUUCAACUUCAUCUCGGACACCCUGUUCCUGGUUGACCUGGUGCUCAACUUCCGCACUGGCAUCCUGGAGGACGACAGCCAGAUCAUCCUGGACCCAAAGCAGAUCCGCCGGCGCUACCUCCGCAGCUGGUUCAUGGUGGACUUUGUCUCUUCCAUCCCGGUCGACUACAUCUUUUUCAUCGUGGACAUCGAGUCCCGCUUGGAGUCGACCGAUGUGUACCGCACGGCGCGAGCCCUCCGCAUCGUUCGCUUCACCAAGAUCCUCAGCCUGCUCCGCCUGCUGCGGCUCUCCCGCCUCAUUCGCUACGUCCACCAAUGGGAAGAGAUCUGUCACAUGACCUAUGACCUGGCCAGUGCCGUUGUGCGUAUAUUUAACCUCAUUGGCAUGAUGCUGUUGCUGUGUCACUGGGACGGCUGUCUGCAGUUCAUGGUGCCGAUGCUGCAAGACUUCCCCCCUGACUGCUGGGUCUCAAAAAACAAUAUGGUGAAUUCAACCUGGCACUUACAGUACUCAUACUCCCUAUUCAUGGCGAUGAGUCACAUGCUUUGUAUAGGAUACGGUGCCCAGGCUCCGGAGAGUUUGACUGACGUGUGGCUCACUGUCUUAAGUAUGAUUGUGGGCGCCACGUGCUAUGCCAUGUUUCUGGGCCACGCCACUACCCUUAUACAGUCUUUGGACGCAUCCCGGCGACAAUAUCAGGAGAAGUAUAAGCAGGUAGAGCAGUACAUGUCAUUCCAUAAGCUUCCGGCAGACAUGAGGCAAAGAAUUCAUGAGUACUAUGAGCAGCGCUUCCAGGGCAAGAUGUUUGAUGAAGACAGUAUCCUCGGAGAACUCAGUGAUCCACUGAAGGAGGAGAUUGUGAGUUUCAACUGUCGUGGGCUAGUGGCCAACAUGCCGCUGUUCGCCAAUACCGACCCUCACUUUGUGACUGUGAUCCUGACCAAGCUGCACUUCGAGGUCUUUCAGCCCGGGGACUUCAUCAUAAGGGAGGGAACUCUCGGUCGAAAAAUGUACUUCAUCCAACAUGGAUGUGUCUCAGUGCUUUCGCGUGGCAAGCAAGAGAUACGCCUCAGUGAUGGAUCUUACUUUGGGGAGAUCUGCCUGUUGACUCAUGGGCGUCGCACAGCCAGCGUCAGGGCCGAGACCUACUGCCGUCUCUACUCACUUAGUGUGGACAACUUUAACGAGGUUUUGGAGGAACAUCCUUUGAUGAGAAGAGCCUUCGAGAGUGUGGCUGUGGACCGACUGGUUCGGGUUGAGUCAAAGCACCAGUUAUGAGCCCCUACACGAAGCAGGAAACAGAAGAGGAAAAGGGGAGGACAGUGAACACAAUGUCAUGUGUCAAGAUUCAUGUUCAGUACACUCAUGAAGUAACAUGGACUACUGACAAAGGACUGGGGAUUUUUUGUACUUUGAGUGUGGAAGGAGGGGAUUUUUAAGGCAGCCCAUUGGGGAGUUCAAAAAACCCUUAUUAUAUUACUGUUUAUUCAAAUGCAAAUGUCUAAAAUAGCAAUUAUAUCAGACUGCCAAUACUUGGGGGAGCAUGUGGUUUUGAGCAUUUGUUGAUGCAUUGGCAAUGAUCAGCUAGAUCUAACAAUAGUCCAAAUACCCAAUAUCAGCUUUUUAUAUUACAUGCCGUAAUGCCAGAGGAUGAUUCCACAGCAUACAUUACAAGGGCUUCAGUAUGGCUUCAAUGCCAAUUAGGACUGCUCAACUUCGAUAGUUUGUUUACAAAAAUAUUGUACCGUUUAUUUAAACAGACCAUUAGUGUUUAGAGCAGUAAAUGAUGAUUAUUUUAUUAUCAUGAAAUUGCGAAAUGUGCAAUGUAUAAUUUAGUUUGUGAUUUCAAUAAUCUGUACAUUUUCAGGGGAUUAUUCGCUUUGCACAAGUACAUAUAUAAUUAAAAAUAUUAAUGUUACUCUUUCAGUAAUAAUUUUUACUUGGCAUUAUGCAUUUAUUAUUCAUUUUCACAAUACGUCUGGUGACAUGGAUGGUAGCUUAGGCAAUUAUCAAUAAAUUAAAGCGUCUUACUGAAUUAUAAAAGUGGGGUUGCCAUAAAACAAAUUAAGCAACAAAGUUAAUAAAUAAAUGACAACAGCGCCUUACCUAACGUGAGUUUCUCGACGACUGGUUCCAGGCGGUAUUUGCAGCUACUUCCGUUCAACAUUUAUAAGCAGAAAAGUG